AUGGCUGGUUAUAUUGCUAAACAACUUGUGGCAAAACCUUUAGAUGCAGUUAAAAACGUUGCUAAAGAUGCUGGAUCUUUAACAGCAACAACAAAUGACGAUCUUGAAGCAUCAAUAAUUGCAGCUGAAGAAAAACGUAGAGAAAGAUUUGAGGGUUUAGAAGAGCAAAGAGAAAAUAUGAGACAGACAAUCAGAGAUAAAUAUGGACUGAAAAAGAAAUCUGAUUUUCUGGAAGUAGGAACACCAGAUGGUUCAAGACGAUCAUCAACUCAUCGAUGCUCUGAUGUCAAUUUAAAUACACAUCGUAGAUCUGCUCAAGAGGAUUCAUUUAUGAAAUUUAUUCCAACUGCAAUACAAGAUGUUGCAUCAAGAGUAGUUGAAUUACCACAACAAUUAGCAAAUCAAGCAACUGAUAAAUGUUGUCUGAUGUAA